UUACACGCGCAGACACACGCAGUCAAUUAACCCCAGCCAAUUAAGUGAUCGCUGCUCUCCAGCAGGCUGGAAAACAACUGGAGUGAAAGGACCGUCCACUCGUGGAGGGCGCUCGCAAACAUGACCGAGGGUUGCGAGUUCGAGAUCGACGUAGAGAGCGUGGAGGCGGAGGCCGACCAGGCGAGCGAGCGAGUGGACGAGGACAACCAGCACGACGGCGGGGACGCUCUCGCCGCCAAGCCGGGCCCCGGAGGCCUGAGCCCGGGCGAGCAGCGCAAGUUGAGCCGCACGCCCAAGUGCGCUCGCUGUCGCAACCACGGCGUGGUGUCGUGCCUCAAGGGCCACAAACGCUUCUGCCGCUGGAGGGACUGCCAGUGCGCCAACUGCCUGCUGGUGGUGCAGUGCCAUGCAAUUACCGCAACUAAAAAAUCCCUUUGCAUGGUGUUCAGGGCGCUCGCAAACAUGACCGAGGGUUGCGAGUUCGAGAUCGACGUAGAGAGCGUGGAGGCGGAGGCCGACCAGGCGAGCGAGCGAGUGGACGAGGACAACCAGCACGACGGCGGGGACGCUCUCGCCGCCAAGCCGGGCCCCGGAGGCCUGAGCCCGGGCGAGCAGCGCAAGUUGAGCCGCACGCCCAAGUGCGCUCGCUGUCGCAACCACGGCGUGGUGUCGUGCCUCAAGGGCCACAAACGCUUCUGCCGCUGGAGGGACUGCCAGUGCGCCAACUGCCUGCUGGUGGUGGAGAGGCAGCGGGUGAUGGCCGCGCAGGUGGCGCUCCGGAGGCAGCAAGCCACCGAGGACAAAAAAGGCCUGUCUGGGAAACAAAUUCCAGCGGAGAGGAGGCCCAUCUAUCAGCGACAUGUUCGUCCAUCAACUCUGCUGGCCAAAAGCAUCCUCGAAGGUUUCCGCCCGGUGCCGUCCGAUUCCUUCCUGGCCGCCAACCCGAGCCUGCCUCCGCCACUGAGUGACCGCAUGCGCAAGAGGCGGGCCUUCGCCGACAAGGAGCUGGAGAGCAUCAUGCUGGAGCGCGAGUACAAGGAGCGCGAACUUCUGGAGAACGGCCAGGCCUCCCCGCUCCUCUUCGCCAGCAACGCGGCGCACCAUGCCGUCGACUACAGCGCCUACAAGUCGGCGUACUCGCCCGAGGUGUCCCCAAAGGACAUGUGCCUGGGCCCGGGCUGUUUGGACGCGCCCGUGCCGUACGCCGCGGCCGCUAACAACGUGGAGCUGGUCUCGUCCAACGUGAGCGUGGCCGCCACGUACCGGCACUACCCAAGAGGGGGCUUUGUGGUGUGGCCCCGUGCUGCCGCUAACCUGGGGGACGCCCUGUUUUACCGCCAGUGCCUCUUCAACGCAACGGCGGUGCAGAAUAUGAAGCCCGGCGGUGCGCCGUGGGAGCCCAAGACCGCGCCCCCCGAGAGCCAGCCAGCAGAGCGGGACGUGGCCGAUGCUGAGGGCUCGCGAGCCACCUUGUUGCAGGAUCCCCCAAAAUCUACCAUGAGAGAGAACUCUGCUUUUUACUCGCCAAAGAGGAACUUUGGACAAGCCUUCCCAGCUAAGGACGCAGCCAAGUUCUCACUGAAAGUCAACUCCACCUUUCACUCGCUCAUUCAACACUCGCUGGGUGACAAGGGCGGCGGCGGAGCGGCGCCCGAACUCCGGGGUGCACCGUACUGUAAGGAGUUCCUGCAGGAGGCGGCGCGCAAGCUCCGGGAAAGUUCCGGCAAGGACGCGCAGGCCGGCAAAAUGGCCGACAGGUGCGCCAAAGACUUUCUGUCCAAGCCGGGAGGGACCAAGAUGGCUGCCCGCGAGUCCCUGUCCUUCUCAGUGGAGGCCAUUUUGAAAAGACCCGCCAUGAGUCGAGCGUUUCAUUGAAAGACAAAUACACCCAAUUUUCUUUUAGAAAAAAAACUUUAGAUCCCAGACAAAUCAGCUCAAUAAACCUCCGUCGCUCGGAUUACUACUUUCCUGUCUGCCAAGGCUUUGGCGCCAACCUGUGGCAAUUUUGCACAUUCUGGAACAAUGCAUAUGGAUGACUGAGAAUCGCAAAUUCAGAGUCGGCGGGGGUUCUCUGUAUGUAAAUAUGGUUUUUGGGUCCAAAAAGAACACUUUCUGGUUUUGUACAGUGUAUUAUAAAUUGUUUCUGCUUGUGCAUGUGAAAAAAAAAUGUCAAAAGUAUUUAAACAAGUUGCUCAUGUCAAUAAACUUUGGAAGACUUUGCCUAAAAUGCCUCAAAGUUCAUACUCAAGUAAGUCUGCCAUUUUGCCAUUUCCCUAAUA